UUUCACUACAUUCAACAAGUUGACAUCUUUAUGCUAACUAUGGAUGUUAAAAGAUAUAUUUCUUAAUUUUUUUUCAUAAAUUUGUCUAUUUUAUUUGUGUGGUCAUAUAUUCUGAAUUUGUUAUGGUUUUUUAAUGCUUUACUUUGCUGCCCACUGUCCAUAGGGUAUUGGAUUCUCUCUUCUGUCUUUGCAUUGCAACUUUGCGAUGUCAAAGACUCUGUUAAUUCAUCUUCUAUCAUCUGUUUGUAGAUUCCUUUGCUCACAAAGAGAUGCCGCUUUUAUUUGUCCCUUUUAUUAUCUCUCUCUCAACCUAUCUUGGGUGCCUUUCACUUUCUGAUAUAGUAGUUUCUGGAAAAGCUUUCAAGCAGUGUGUAACCGGUUCAAGCAAGAGCGGAAGGAAUUCGAUUUAAAUCAUUGCUACAAACAUUCUGCAAUAGUAUAGUACUGCAGGAAAAAUAAAAAGAAAAAUAGUCUACAAUGAAUAAUUCUGCUUCGAGCUCUGGUAGUGGAACUACUAGAACAUUUGAGUUUGGGAGGACCCAUGUGGUCAGGCCUAAAGGGAACCACCAGGCUACAAUAGUUUGGCUGCAUGGUCUUGGUGACAAAGGCUCAAGCUGGUCUCAGCUUUUGGAAACCCUUCCCCUUCAAAAUAUUAAGUGGAUUUGUCCAACUGCUCCUACUAGGCCAGUAGCAAUAUUUGGUGGACAUCCUUGCACUGCAUGGUUUGAUGUGGCAGAUCUUUCAGGAGAUGGUCCUGAUGAUUUGGAGGGGUUAGAUGCUUCAGCAGCACAUGUUGCCAAUCUGUUGUCAACAGAGCCUGCUAAUAUUAAACUUGGAAUUGGUGGAUUUAGCAUGGGUGCUGCUAUUGCUCUCUACUCUGCCACAUGCCACAUAUUAGGGAAAUAUGGAAAUGGAAACCUGUAUCCAGUUAACUUAAGUGCAGUUGUUGGCCUAAGUGGUUGGCUUCCAUGUUCAAGGACCUUGAGGAACAAGAUGGAAGGAUCAAUCCAGGCAGUGAGGCGUGCAGCAUCCUUGCCCAUUCUGAUGUGCCAUGGCUUAGCUGAUGAUGUGGUUGCAUAUAAACAUGGAGAGAGAUCAGCACAUGCCUUAAAUUCUGUUGGUUUCCGGAAUCUUACAUUUCAAACCUAUAAUGGGCUUGGUCACUAUACAAUUCCUGAAGAAACAGAUGGAGUCUGCAAUUGGCUAACUGCAUCGUUAGGUCUUCAGGGAUCACGGUCAUGAUAUCAAUUAUCAAAUAACCCCGUGUGGCAACGUGGAGAUAGAGAAGAACAAGUUACAUAAGGAUUAGAAAGAGGUACUCUAGAUAUAUGUUUGGCAUGGGGUAUAUAGUAUAGCUGCAUCGUUCAACUCACAGUUCCCUGUUAAUCUUGCUUUCCUAAAUAAACUUUCUUACAUUUUGUUUUACUGGCUGCUAGGAAUUGGAGAUGGUAAAUUUUGUUCAUUAGGUUGAAGUGGAUGGGAGUUCAACUGCCAUUGUCUCAAUCUAGGAAAUUUUGGGUUGGUUGAAUUAUGUAGCUCAAUUAUAAGGCUAUCCUGCAUUGGAUGUAUUUCCAUUAGAAAAUCCAACCAACACUAGUUGAACUUUGCCUUUUUGUUGACUGUUGUUUGGGGGGAAGUAAAGGAAUUAGAGGUUUUGUCUCUGAUACUAGUCUAUAGCUAAGGUCUUUCCUCAUAAUUCAGGUUAAAAAAGAACUAUGACUUCCAUAAAAACCACUUCAGCAGUUUA